GUGGCUUCGAAAGCAGCACGUGCAUGCAUCAUUCGCGUGCUCAUUCUCAUGCGGCCCAGGUCAAUUUCGAGAGCAUAUUGCUAGAAGAUAUUCGUUAUUUAACGAAUACUAAUCGAUACUAUCACGAAAAAGAGGGAAAGAAAUUUGUUUUCAAAAUAAAGUGUUGGUAAACAGUAAAAAUGGAAAAGUAUAAUCCAUCUCUUGCUGUUGCAAAAGUAGAUGUGGUAAAUGAGCGAAUCGACCAACACAUGUGCCAGUUUUUCCACACUGAGGUUUUGAAAAAGCUCAGCCAAGAUAGUCAAACAGAAGAAAUGCUUUUGCCAUCUGCACUUAACAAUCUCAAGGAGCAAAAGGCUUUCAUUUUUCAACUUUCUGAUGGGAUGGGCAUGAAUAUUAAAUCUUCCAGGAAUGCAAAUAUUCUGUUAACGAAGAAGCCAGAUGCUGUUAGAAGUCAGUUUAAUUUUCUGCAGCUUGCCCAUGCCUCAACACUACUUCUUGCUGAAGAUGUGAAAAAUGUCUGUCUUGAAAAUGAGAAUCCUCAAGGAGCACGGUAUGACAAGAACCAUAAAGGAAAACCCUCUGAUUAUUUUUUACCUGUUAAUAUGAACAGAAGUGCUGGUCGUUUAAAUAUUUCCGAUAAUCCACCUUACAUACCGCUCUUUGGCGAGAGCGCUGCCUUUGUACAUCACCGCCGAAGUCUACCCAUUUUCCCAUAUCGUCAAGAGAUUCUGCGGCAAUUAGAGCACCAACAAGUAGUUGUCAUUGCUGGUGACAUAGGCUGUGGCAAAACAACUCAAGUUCCACAGUACAUCCUAGAAAACGCCUACGAAAAAUCAGUCCCUUGCCGUAUUGUCAGCAUUCAGCCACGCCGUCUCUCUGUCCAUGCUGCACUUGAUCGUGUCAUAGUAGAACGAGGUGUAACCGGAGACAGAUUGGUGGGACAUCAGACACGACUUGAAUCAAAAGGCACGGCAAAUUGCCCCCUAAUAUUUUGCACGACUGGAGUGUUUCUUCGUUCACUUAUUGAAAGUGAUUGUUGUCUUAAGGGGAUAACGCACGUUAUAAUAGAUCAGGUUCAUGAGCGUGAUCGAUUCACUGACCUCCUGUUAGGUGUAUUUCGCCUAAGGUUGUCUCAGUACCCUGAUUUGCGACUUAUCCUUCUAUCAGCAAACAUGGCGCCCCACGCACUGGCAAACUAUUUUCACCAGGAAAAGAUAAUCAAGAUUCCAGUCCCUUCUCAUCCGGUAUCAGAACUGUUUCUGGAAGACAUUCUCACCUGCACAAAAUUUUUGUCGAAGCAAAGGAUCCUAGUUGGGGCUGGUAGAGUGCAAGAUGAAUUGACCAUGGGUCCAGCGACCGCUUUUGAUGAACUUAUCACUGAGGCAUGGUUCAAUGGAUCUGAUUUGAUUUUUUUGCACAUUUUGAAACUCGUACGAGACGGUGUCAUGCCCAUCGACUACCAGCACUCCCAGACGGGCAUCACACUGCUCAUGGCAAGCGCAAAUCAUGGAAAACUAGAUAUUGUCAAAAUGGCUAUCUCCUUGGGGGCCAAUCCUACCCUUCAAGUCAAAGGCAUGACACCUUACGAUUUAGCCAACGAGUUUGCCCGCCCAGAAGUGGCUGAUUUGCUUUUGUCAUACAGCCAAGUCUUCGCCAACGAAGUGGGCAACAACAUAAACAUGCAGGAGCCUUCAUCUUUGAAUCAAAAUUCUCCUGAUGAUGUUCUGAAGAGCUUUUACGCAAAGUACAGCCAAGACCACGCCAACUUGGAUCUUAUCGUUGAAGUGCUCAACUUCGUUUUGGGCUACUCCCAACCUGGAGCUGUUCUUGUUUUAUUGCCAGCGUACAGUGAGGUGGUAGAACUGAGAGACAUGAUUAUUGCUAGCACUUCAUCGCUUAAAAACAAGUUGGAAGUGCACACCUUACAUGGACACUUACCGCCAACAGAUUUCAAGAAAAUAUUCUUGCCUACUGCAGCAUGCAAACGCAAAGUCAUAUUGGCAACAAACAUUGCCGAGACCAGUAUUAGCUUUGACGAUGUAAUUUGUGUUAUUGAUUCGGGACUUUUCCGUGACAGGGAGAACGAUGUAGUGUUCACCAAUCCCAAAAAGACCCAAUGGAUAUCAAAGGCUUCUGCAGCACAGCGUGUCAUGCACGUCCGUAAUGGUGGAAUUGUCUUUCACCUGUAUCCACGUUCGACAUUGGAUGGCCUGCAAGAGUAUCCAGUGCCAGAAAUAACCCGCGAUUCUCUGAUUGACGUAUGUCUCUUUGCCCGUUUGGUUAUUCCUGAAGAUACGCGGCUGCCUCAGUUCUUUUGCAGUCUGCCCGAUGGUCCUCCCACUACUGCUGUCCAUCAGGCUAUAGGAAUUCUCGAGUCGAUCGAUGCUUUUGAUACCCAAAGCAAGGUCACUGAUGUUGGCCUGCACCUGAUUGACUUGUCAGUAGAGCCUAGACUGGGGAAAAUGUUGCUUGUAGCUGUUGGACUCAGGUGCCUCGAUCCAGUGCUAACGAUUAUCUGUUGCUUAGCCAGAGAUGAUCCGUUCAUAACACCCGCUUCCCCCGACGAACGCAAGAUAGCGAUCAUGCGGAGGUAUGACCUGGCACCCGAUUUUCUGAGCGAUCAUCUGGCAUUACUGAGAGCUUAUCACCUAUGGGAGAAGGCUAAUGAUGAAGGCCGUAAGCGCCAGGUUUGUCAAGAAAAUUAUCUUUCUGUCGCGAAUAUCGAGCUGAUCUUUCUGCUGCGGGUCCUUCUAGUCGGCGAACUGCGUGCUAGUGGAUACAUUCGUGGUCGGGGCUGCGCUGAUAUACGCAACCUCAAUAUUCAUUCGGAAAGUUGGACGGCCAUUAAGGCGGCACUGACUUCGGGUCUAUAUCCCAACCUAGCGCGUUAUUCGCCGGUAGAUGGCGGAAUCAUAACCCAAAACGAAACACGAUCGCAGUUUCAUUUUACUUCCACGCUUCUGGUACAAGAAGGUCGAAAUAAUGGCUUGGGCUUUAUCGCAGCUCCUUCAAUAGAAAGCCUCCAACCUGCCAAUCCGUUGGCCCAGAAACUUUCAUCAAAACUAGCUGCGUCCGCCUUGGCCAGCCCAUGGGUAAUCUUCGAAGAUCAGCAAAGAGCUGGGCAGUUCACCGUACUUCGUUGUUGCAGUGUAAUUACACCCAUCACAGCCCUUCUUUUCGCCGGACAUCUGGGUUCCCCUAUUCACACUGUGCAGCUCAAUCAGAACGACUAUCAGGAGAUACUCAAUAAUUUGGGAGAAAGCGACGAGGACUCAGAUGACAUAGAUGAGGAUGAAAUGCGGAAAAUUUGUCAAGAUUUGAAUUUUCAACACAUCACCGAGGAUAUCCUUGGCCUCAGUAGGGUCACGAAGAACAACAGAGUACUAGCAAGACCGCGGAAACAUUUUGUCAUACUGAAAAUCGAUGAAUUUAUUGGAUUCUUCGUUGACGCUUAUGUGGCGCAGCUUAUCAUGCAGAUCCGAAAAAAAUUCCAGACCAUUCUGGUAAAAUGUAUACGAGAACCAGGAAGAAAUUGCACCAUCGGAGAAGACAGCGUGCUGCGUACUGUGCUAAGCUUGCUCUCGUCGGAAGAAAUGGCUAUGCGCCUUCCUCAGCCAUCUGGGGUUGGCCGACGGCCCACCAACGUCUCUGCCGAUUCCAUGCUGGUUACUCCAGAGCUCAGACCAGAGGAUUUGUAUCCCAUCAGGCGAUACGUGACUUACACACCGCCGCCUAAGGGCUAUUCCUACGAAACCAAAGAAUGCAACAAAAGCAACAUGGUGCCAUCUGUUAAUUCAGCUGCUUCUAGAAACCGGGCUCAGCCAAACCGACUAAACAAAACUGAUUUUCGGGAUAUGUUCCCGAAUUCUACAUCUGUACAAAGCAUGAAUUUGAGCUAUCAAGGGGUAUCCAACGUUCUACCAAACGUCACGCCCGUUGGCGGUCGCCCUAUCUGCAAGUCUUAUAGUUAUAGCUUCUCUGACGACCACUAAAUAUGUUCAUGUUUACGUCCCCUCAUAGAUCCGUUUUCCCGUUCGAAACCAAAUCUUGUCAAGAUUUGCGGUUGUCCUCUGCCAUCUUCGAUGUUUAUUUUACCUCUUUGCAUUUUUUUUUUCUAGGGUUCAAAGUUGAUGUUCCAACUUUAUUGAAACUGCGCUACCCAGGUUCCGGUUUUAUCGCAUUUGUCCUACGUUUAAGUAUCCAGUUUCCUUCGUGUCCAAAUGCCCGAUGUAGUACUGUAGGAAAAUGGUAUGUUCUUUUUUUUUAUUAUUAUUAUAUUUAAGGCGUUGCUAGGAAUCUAGUAAAGUUAUUUGCCAUUUGUUCCGUCAUUGUUUUCCUGCCCCUCCAGCGAUCUAUGGAGCC